AAGCAUGGGAUAGCUUUGCCAUCAAGCCGUAUUUGGUGGCGUGCACGUCGCCUUCGCAAACAUGCAUGUUGAUGAUGACGAUGAUGAAGAACGGACUGGAGGCCAAACAUACGCGCGCACACUUGUCCCUCACGUAUACAGUCUCACGCAUAAAGGUGGCCUGAAGAGAGUAGUUAUCGAAUGAAACAGGCUGGUUGGCAGCAAGCGGACGGAUAUCCAUAGCUCGGUUGUGCGCUCGUUGGUGGUGGUUGUUCACUGUUCGCAUUUGUAGAAUGCACGAAAGUACGCCGUACGAACCAAGCGACGAAUUCCACAGAUUCAGAAUCCGAACUCCGAAUAAAAAAUUGGUAUAUUACCUUAGAAUGCCAGUCGUUCUUACUUCAGUCUUCGUACAGUCUUUGCUUUAACCCGUUCCAAUUCUGUCCGCCGUCGCUCUAUUAAAUAAUUACAACAAAAAUCAAAUACAACAAAAAUAAACAAAACAUCUGAAACAAGCAUAACGAGAAUCGCUAUCGCAAAAACAAAAAUUUAAUACGAAAAUAUCUAAAUAGCAGCAGCUGCAGCGGCGAAAAUAUAAACAACAGCAAAAACAAAAUCCACACUCGCUAAGGGCAGCCACAGCAGCAGCAACAGUGUCUCAGUAUUUAACAACAUUAAGGCUUUCACCCCCGCUCAAACGUCACCGUCGUGCCGUCACUGCCGUUCUGAAUAUAGACUUCGAAGCCUCAGUCGAAGUCAGCGUCAAAGUCGAAGCCUCAGUCAAGCGUCAGCAGUCGAACGUCAGCACACGACGACAAAAGCCAACGAGAAGCUCCAGAGGAGAAGAAGACUCCGCGGAACGCACACAAAAUUUCAAUAUCCAAAUCAAAGUUGCGUUCAAAUCGAACACGGCCGCAAUAGUAGCAACACCGUAGCACCGAAACACGCGGACUCGACUCUCGAGAUAGCAAACUUUACCUACUAGUGAAUUCUACUACGACAAAGACAACGUCGACGAUCACAAUCAGCAACCAGAUAUCAGCAGAAAAUUGCAAAAUAUUUUCCAUUUCCGUUGAAUUGGUUUUCCAGUCUCAAUCAAAUCCAAUAAAUUCGUAAAUCCGAAAUUCAGCUUCAAAAAGUUCUUUAGCUGUAAUCAACUAUUUGUGGUAUCUACACGUGAAUCAAACGCUCGCUGUGUCUUUUCAAUCACACACUUGUGACAAUCUACAAUUUCUUGUAAGCAAAUACAGGAAACAAUCAUUGGAAAAUAUCAUUUAAUCUGAAGCGUUUCAAACUUUUACCUUGAAAGCAAAGCUCAUACAGGAUUUUAACAAACGAUUAAGUACUUUUAGAGUAUUUCGCUUAUUAUCAUUGAAUCAGUGAAUAAGGAAGCUAAUUCCAAACAUUAAAUAUUAAUCCAAAAUCCAAAAUAGAAAAACUCUUUUUAGCGAAUUUCAUCUUGACAAAUUUGUAGUUAAAAUAAAACAAAAAAUCGUGUAGCACAAACUUUGUAGUAUUAUCUUAGCGAAUUACUCAAAAGUGAGAUUAACUUGCAUAUAUAGCGUUUAAGUACCAUCAUAUUGAAAAUAAAAAAUUAUUAAACAACAAAACUCAAGUAUUGUAAAGCAACAAUUUGUGAGAAGAAAAUUGCAAAUUUAUUGAAAUCAUUAACCACAAUCAUUACUCUGAACUCACCACACAUUGAACAAAUCAAAAACCUUGUCGAACCCUGCCAUCCGAUUCCUUAAGAAGUCCUUUGCAUACCACAAAACGCGACUACAACUCGACAUUCAAAGUGUAGUAAAAAUCAAAACCGCGCUAAUAUCACUAAAAGAAUAUUCAACAAAAACAUCAGCUAAGAAACUGAAGCUCAAAAAAAAAACAAGUACCACAUACACAAAAGUAUCUAUAAUAAACCAAGGAAAUAACGUUCAAACAGAAACAAACAAAACCAAAUAAUUAAAGAUAAAAAAGUUAUUAAAACUUAACUGGAACAGUUCCUUAAAAAACGACUCGUCGUCAGUAUCCACUGUGCUAGUGAAAAUUGAAGUGUGAAAGACUGCGCUAAAGUCGAAUAGAAAAAAUAUAUAAAUUACAUAAUUCAACAACAACCACAGCGGUACAAAAAUCAUUCAUCAUUGACGCGUUAAAAGAAACGGUUGCAACAACAGCUUCAGUGACAGCGGCUUUGGCAACAGCGACAAUCAAAGAAGAACCUGUGCAAGAUUUAAUUAUGCAAAUGCAAUUGUUGCAAGCUCUCCCGGCGGCGACGCAUCUGCAUCAGUUGCACCAGACGACAUCACAGCCUCCGUCAGCAGCGUCCGCUUACCAAACAUACCCGGCCAGCAUGCUGCAACAGCACACAGCGCAGCACGCCCAACAACAACAGCAGCAAUUCCACCUGCAACAACAAUAUCAUUUUCAACAGCAGCAACAUCAACAGCAGCAGCAACAACUGCAAAUGUUGCACACCUACAUGCAAUUGCAGGCGAAUAACCUGGCCGCCGCCACCGGCACACCCACCAAGUAUCAGGCUGCUGCUGCUGCUGCUGCCGCUGCCGCUAUCCAACAACAGCAACAACAUUACCAGCAUCAACAGCAAAUGGCAUCGCCUCCACCACCGCCGUCUCAACAGCAGUACUUUGCCGCCGCCACUGCAGCGGCCGCGCCGCCACACCAGCUCACAAUAAUACCGGCGGCGGCCUGUAAUGGCUCUGCUGCGGUUGCUGCCGCCAUGUUCGCAACGGCCACUGCCACAGCUGCGGCGAAUGCCAACAAUGUCGGAUCAGUUGCAGCCACACCAGCAUCCGCAACACCAUCCAACAAUGUGAGUCCUCAACUCUAUUACCCCGUUAUACAAAUGCCGCUAGAAUUACGAGGAAGCGACGAACUUUUAAGUCAAGCUGCAGUUAUGGCGCCCGCUUCCGACAAUAAUAAUCAGGAUUUAGCCACAAAGAAAGCCAAAUUGGAGCCAAGCACUGUUCUUGGCGGAGUUGGCAAACCGUCAAAAGUCAUCCACUUGCGUAACAUUCCAAAUGAAUCCAGCGAAUCAGAUGUCAUCUCAUUAGGUGUACCGUUUGGUCGAGUUACAAAUGUGCUCGUCCUUAAGGGCAAAAAUCAAGCUUUUCUCGAAAUGGCCGAUGAAGUAUCCGCGACAUCGAUGGUCUCGUGUUACACUGUCACCCCUCCUCAUAUGCGCGGACGCAUGGUUUACGUGCAGUUCUCCAAUCAUCGCGAAUUGAAGACAGAUCAGAGUCACAACAAUACUGCUGUCGUAUCCAACGACUAUCGUAUCCAGUCGCCAGCCUCCGGCUCGCCGCUCCCGCUAUGCAACACCGCCACCACUACCAAUGCUGACGGCACUAUCGCAGUACUACAGAACAACUCGAAUGCAGUCAAUAUUAAUUCGACUGCAGGCGGACCCAACACUGUACUCCGCGUCAUUGUCGAAUCGUUGCUCUAUCCGGUGUCGUUGGAUAUUUUACAUCAAAUUUUCCAACGUUUUGGCAAAGUGCUAAAAAUUGUCACAUUUACAAAAAAUAAUUCAUUCCAGGCACUCAUUCAGUAUCCGGACGCUCAUUCGGCCCAGCAUGCCAAGACCAUUUUGGACGGCCAGAACAUCUACAACGGCUGUUGCACUCUACGCAUCGACAACAGCAAAUUGACUGCUUUGAAUGUCAAGUACAACAAUGACAAAUCGCGCGAUUUUACAAAUCCAUCAUUGCCACCGGGCGAGCCGGGCGCGGACAUAAUGCCCACCGCCGGUGGUUUGGUAAAUGCAAAUGAUUUACUUCUGAUCGCGGCCCGACAGCGCCCAUCCUUAACAGGUGAUAAAAUAGUGAAUGGACUCGGUGCUCCAGGAGUGUUGCCGCCAUUCGCACUAGGCAUAGGCACGCCACUCGCCGGUGGCUAUAACAGCGCCAUACCGAAUUUAGGCGCCUUUGCGCUGGCCAACAGUGGUGCUCUACAAACAGCAGCGCCUGCUCUGCGCGGCUUCUCCAACGUGCUGCUUGUGUCCAAUUUAAACGAAGAGAUGGUCACGCCUGAUGCUCUAUUUACCCUCUUUGGUGUUUAUGGAGAUGUGCAACGUGUGAAAAUCUUAUACAACAAAAAGGAUUCAGCUCUCAUACAAAUGGCCGAACCACAACAAGCCUAUUUGGCUAUGAAUCACCUUGACAAAUUGCGCUUGUGGGGUAAGGCGAUACGUGUUAUGGCUAGUAAACAUCAGGCUGUGCAGCUGCCGAAGGAAGGACAACCAGAUGCCGGCCUAACACGCGACUAUUCACAGAAUCCAUUGCACCGAUUCAAGAAACCAGGCAGCAAAAAUUAUCAGAACAUCUAUCCUCCAUCGGCCACAUUGCAUUUAAGUAACAUUCCAUCAUCGUGCACUGAGGAAGACAUCAAGGAAGCAUUCAUCACCAACAACUUUGAAGUUAAGGCAUUCAAAUUUUUCCCCAAGGACCGCAAAAUGGCGCUACUCCAGCUCUCAUCGGUGGAAGAUGCCGUUUUGGCGCUCAUCAAAAUGCACAAUCAUCAGCUAUCGGAGUCGAACCACUUGCGCGUCAGUUUCUCCAAGUCGAAUAUCUAAGCCGCAGCUACUUUGUUAAUAUAAAAAUAAAAUUAGCUGCAAUACUGAGGAACUGAGGAAAUCAUUACAUUAUCAGCAGAAAAAUAAAUAAGAACAGUAGAUUUUCAGCAGCAGCAGAAAUCAAUGGAGACCCUUAACUCAAGCUACAUACAUACAAUAGUCAUUUCGCAAUGAAUCCAAGAACGACCGCAGAAAAAUCGUAAAAGUCAGCAAACAAAUAGCAAAUAGCAACAACAAAUAAAGAACAAGGAAUCAGCAAGGAUAAUUACAUAACCUAAACCCAAUUUUACCACUCCAGAAGAAAAUGAACAACAACAAAAUUUGUAGUAUACAGAUUUUACUAAACUUUAGACUCAACAACAAUCAACAACAACUAUCUCUACACAGCCUAACUGAUAGAUGAAUUGAUAUUUACAUGUUUUGUCGCUCACUAUAUCUUUUUUAACAUUAUUAUUAUUCAGGAAAUUAUUGCUACCAUUUGUAAUCAUUCUUUUAAUUGAAUUAGUGAUAAUCUCUCAACAUACUUUAUAUACACACAUACAUACGUAUAUAGAUAAAAUCCGAAGAAAAUAUUUUUUUGAAGAAAUUUUUCGCAAACUAAAAAUGCAUACAAAAAAUUGCACACAAAUUUCAAAAACCCAAUAAACUACCCACCCACCAUUUUAAACUACCAUAAAUCAUAGUAUGUAAAACUACAAUUGCAGAAAUAAUAGCUUUGGUGUAAUUUAAAAAAAAAAAAUCACAUUUAAAGAAUAUCAUAUGUAUUGUAUAGUAUAUUUUAUGUAAGCGCAGCAGAAAUUCAAAUUCAGAUUAAAUAAUAAAAUAACUUAUAAUAAAUAUGUAUUGUAUGUAUGAGCUGAAUUUAGAUGAGAAGUCGCAGUUAUGUAAAAGAGAAGGUGUUUAAGUAAAUAACGGAUAAUGAAUCAGAUAUUCGCAAAAUGCAAGAGUAAAAUUCAAAGCAAAUUUAAAAAUUAUACAAAUGCAAAUUUAUUGUACUCUUUUUUUAUUAGUAUAGGAGGUACAAGAUAUGGAGAAGGUGAAAUGAAAACUUAAGUAGAUACAUACAUAAAUAUAUGUUCAAUGCGAUAAAAUAUUUUAGAAAGCUGUGUUUCGUAAAAAAAAUACACAACAUAUGUAUAAGUAAAGAAACUGCAACUGACUAAGUGACAAAACACGAGAUAAUUAAAAAGAAUUAACAUAUGAACUAACUGGUAGAGAGAGAGGGAGUUCCCAGACUAGGAAUACAAUUUGGCUGGUUUAUGUCUUUGCUGAUAAAUGUUAUUACUAAAAUUCUUAUUACAUACACUUAGAACAAACAUAAAUUAUAUACUUAUACAAUAUGAAAUAUUUAAUUAUAGACAAAGUGAAAGUUAAAUAUUAUUGAACAAAAGAUGCAUACAUUUAAUUAUUUAAUAAGAAUACCAUUGCCGUAAGCGUCGAAAGUUGAAGGAAAUUUAGUAAGAAAUGCGUGAAAUACAUACAAACACAGAUGCGCAUGCAAAAGCGUCAUACAUACAUACAUUCACCCAUACAAAUGUACAUCAAAGGAAAACAAGGAAUCCUAAGUAAAAAAUGUAAUAAACCAGUAGCAACAAGGAAUUACAGCAAAGUAAAGUAAAACAUAAAUAAAAAGUGCAUGUUUUUAAGUAUGUAAGUACGUAUGUGUGUUUAAUAUACAUGCAUAUGAUAAUCAGCUGAUGCCAGCACACAUACACACAUAGGGAUGUAUGCAACUGAGUUUACAAGUUUAACUUUAAGAAAAAUUCCAUAUUUAAAAUCAAAAAUUACAAAAAUAUAUCUGAUUGGAAGUUUCGAUGUUCCUCUGCAAUAACGACACAACUCAACACUCAAAAAAAAAAAUCUCUUACAACUGCUAAGGACCUCAUAUGUCUAAUCCUUGUCAAAUCCAUGUCUAAUUCUUACUAAUUACAUUACUACUUACUUUAGUGGGAAUAGAGACAUGAGCCACUUAACAGUAGUGAAGUUUUUUUUUUAGUUUUGCGUUGUGUUAUUGCAGAGGACCAUGGAAACGAAAAAAUAAUAAUAUUCAAAACAUUAAUGGUCUUAUUCAUAACAAAUAUAGUAGGUUUAAGGAUCUAUAUAAAAUGACGUUUUCAUAAAUUUUUCAGUUUAUAAACCUUUUUUAAAGCUACUUUUUUUAUGAAUAAGGCCAUAAAAAUACAAAAACAUUUUAAGGUGAUGAUUUUAUUUCAUACAAAAUACAUACAUACAUUAACUUGAAGUUGCUGCAUUUUUAGUAUUAUUCAUUAUAAAAUCAAAAAAAAGAACUAAAAAUCGAAUCUUAGAACAGAAAUUUAAAAACAGCAACAGCAGCAAAAGUGGAAAAUUUAUACAAGCAUAAGAAAAGUGAAGUAAAAUAUUAAAAUAUAAACAAAUUUAUAUGCAUAAAUAAGCAAAUGAACAGAACAAGUACCGAUCAGUAUAUAUUAUAUUAUAUACAUACAUACAUGCGUACAAGAAGUGUGGAAUGUAUUUUUAUGAAAAUCAAUCAAAAACAAAUUUGUUCGUUUUAUUAGUAAACCUAGAAUAAGAAGAAAAAGCCAAUAAAAAACAAACUGAAACAGAUUUACUCUUAUGAAAAGUGCAGUGCUGAUUUGAAUAUAAAAGAGCUUUAGGAGGGAAGCUGAAAGUGAAGCGGUGGACUGAGUUAUGCGACAGUGAAGUGAGGAAAGUGUUAGCAAAAUUAUUUGAUUUUUUUUUUUUUGAAAAUACUAUUUUUUGUAUUUGAAAAGUCCCACAAAAAGCUCGCAGUGAUAAGUUCACAGCCGUCGGUGUCGGUUAAGAGCGCCUAUACGUUUGAAAAUCCGAAGUUGAAGGACACAGUGGUAUAUAAACGUUUUGUUGUAGAGUGCAAUUUAAAAUAUAAAUUUAGGCCCCUGGCUGGCUAAGUAUGAGUAUUUCCAAUGUAGCUAGCCGUAUAUAUAUUUAGUGUGCAGAUACUGAUCCCUAUUUACUUACCAUGUUUCUAGCUGUAUGGAAAGGCAGACGAAGCAAAUUUGAAGCCAACUAAAUAUUUAUCGAAUCAUUGAUAGUAUAUACAUACAUGACGUCAUUUUAGAUUGAAACGUAGACCAAGGGGUUAUUAGUUUAGAAUCUCAACAAUUGCAGCUUCAUUUCUUUGGACAAAAACAUUUAAAAUUCAUUUAAAUAAUAUUUAUUUCGUAAAACAUUUGGGGCGUUUUUAGCUAAAAUCUUCAUACAUUCGCACUUUUAAAUAAGACAAUCGACUUUAAUUCAUUUGAUUAUAAGAUAAUUGCUGUUUACUCCUACAUUUGUGGAUAUAUUUAUAGGGUAUGUAAAGCAUAGAUUGCCGUUCCCUUAAAAUCGCAAUGUUCUAUAUCUUUUAAAUCGUUAGUGGCAUCUAGAAAUUUAUUCAAGAGUAAUUUACAUAAAGACAAUGGGAAUACAGCUGUUGGGCGUACCUUUCAUUUUAAAAUGCCAGCGAGCAAACUAAUUGAAUUCUCCAAGAACACGCUUUAUGGUAAACAAAAAAUGUGUUGCUAUGUAAUCGCAAGCUUAAGAAGAAAAGGUAAACAAACAGCAGCCGGUACUCAACGACUAUUCGAAAAGCAGAAAUCAGCAUAAAACUAACAGACACACAAACAGGAUUAAACGUAACUGUAAAACUAAUUACAUACGCGUACAUAUGUACAUGUAUGUAUGUAUUCAUCAAUAGCAUCGCCAAUCAGCUCAAUUAAAUUCACUUAAAAGUGAGCAAGAAUUAGGGAAUAUCUUAAAAAGAAUCAUAAAAAUCAUAAGCCAAGGGAAGGAGGAGGAUCAUACGAGCUGUGCUUUUGGAAAGAUGUAUGUGUAUACGUGGCUAGCUGGGGCACACAUACAUAGUAGUAUGUAACUAAGGCACUGCAAGUACCAACAUGGAAAUCAAACUGGAAAUUGGUCUUUACUGGUGUUCAGCAGAAAACUACGAUAUACAUGCGUAUGUUGCAGAAAAUGCAUAUGUAUUAAAACAAAAAUUAGUUAUUAUAGACAACCGAAAAGUGUGAAUAUAUACAUAUGUAUAUCAUAAAUUGAAUUUCAAAAUAUAAUAGGAAAACAUUAACUUUUGUGUGUAUUUGUAGUUAAAUUAAAAAAAAAGAAUUGUAAUUAGACAAGAAGAAACAAGAACACAAAAUUUAAUAAUACUUAGUAUACAAUAUUAUACAUAUACAUACUACAUACUAACAAUAAGUGAAAAAGUGAAUGUAUUAAAAUUUAUUAACGUAUAUACAUACAUACAUACAUAUAUGUACAUAGAUAUAGUUGUAUGAAACCGCAUUGAAGUAUGCGAAAAUACUGAAAUAUUAAAUUGCGGCGUUUUUUUGUUGAAUAACUGCGAACAAAAUAGAAUUUAUUGUAACUCGAGGUUAUAAAAAAAGUAUAAAAGAGUGCAUACAAAUUUACACAUAAACACCAACACACACUCUCAAUAAUAACAAAGACCUGAGCCAGGGUUAAAUCGCAUAUUUUAAUGCUUUAACCGAUUUUGUCUAAAAUUUAAUGAGUUGCAUAUGUCCACAUAUUGCUGUCUUAUUCAUUUUGAUCUACAAGUUACUCAGAGUGAAUUUGAGAAACAUACAUAUAUGCAUUCUACGAGCCAAAAAUGGCAGAAACUAAUGAUUUGUUUUUUUUUCUCGAUAAAACUUGGGAUGAGACGCAAAUUUCUAGUUCUGGUUUUAAAUUUGAAUUGUUUAUCAGCACCAUUUAAUAGCAACUAUCAAAGACAAACACAUCACCACAGACCAACCAACCGACCCCACUGCAAACAAUCUUUUUCACACAAAGCUGAACAGGGUUGUUAAUAUACAUACAUAUAUAAAACUACUGAAGAACAAUCGUUGAACACAAAUCAUUUUAACUAAGUAACCUAAAAGCUAAAAUAAAACAAAAUAAAAACAAUGCAAAAACAAAAAUGUAUUGAUGCAUAUACUAAGAAAGGAGUUUAAAAUUAAACAGGAAUUAUAAAACUAGUAUAAAAUAUUUGAAAAAAAAAAUUAUACACACAUACAUGCAUACAAGCAUAUAUUUAAAAACAUAGAAUAUCGUUUAGAACGUGUAUUAAUUAGCAAGUAUAAAAAAGGUGAUUGAAAAAAUAAUAUUGAAUUAAAUUUUAAAUGUAUGAAAUUUACAAAGCCGAAAAACCGUAGCUGAUGAAAGAUAAAAAUAAACUAAAAACAUAUAACAGUCAUAAUAUUCUCGUAUACAACAAAGUGUUAGUAAAAAGAGACAAAUUAAAGUACAGGAAAUUAUGAAACAUGAAUUGAUUUAAUAGAAUGUAAACACACACUCACUUGCAUACAAACAUACACACACAUACGUAAAUGCGGCACAAUUAAAGGCGAAACUUUCGUGACGCAUUUAUUGAACCAAGAGGUGCGUCGCUUUCAGUUUUUUUUUCAGAAAACUUAAGGAGCCACAGUUUAUUAUGCGCUUUAAAGUUGAGCUGAACGCCAUAUUUGCAAUAAUCGCAGGUUGCCUAGUCAAUCACACAUACAUACACACUAGAUGAAAAUACAAUGCAAUAGGAGGAGAAAAACAACCAAAAAUGCAGUGUUGUAGUUGAAGUAGGGGACACCAAUCAUGCGAGUUCAUUUUUCGUGAUUUAGCAGAAUUGUUAGAAUUUUUUAUUUUUUUAUAUUUUGGAAUGCAGCUGUUUAAGGGUUAAGGUGUAUUUUCAUGUAAAAUAAAAAAUUUGAAUUAAAUAAAAAAACAUUUUAAAAUUUUUAUAGCAAAUUAUGGCACUCCAUCCGUGUUAAUGAAGGUACAUUUUGUGUGUUUCCAUUCAUUUAAAAACUUUAUAGUGCAAGUAUUCUUUAAUACAACAAAAUCUUGGCAUGCCGCAGUCGAAAUAAGCCACAUACAAAAUAACUGUAUUCAAAAUUAAAAUCGUUACGGUUUAAAAACUCAAAACCAAUUAAAGGUAGUCUAAAAGAACGUUUACAUAUGAAUGCAAUGUCAAUCAGGCCCGUUUCUGCGAAAUUAAUAUUUUAUUGAAAAUACUUUUACACAUUUGUCUUUCUUGCUAUCCUCCGUCUGUGUCUACUUUCACAUUUGAUAUUUCUGUUACUCUUCACAAAAAUAAUCGAUAAAACUAGGUUGAACAACGAAAAGUUAUCGGCUUAAUCUGGGAUUGUUUCAUCAUUAUUAGCAAGGGAUGAAUUUUGUAUUCUGUUUCUUGAAUCACAGUUUAGUGAGUUAGCUCGAAAAUGAGGAUAAUCUCUGCAUGUGUAGACAUGCUUCAAGUAACUAUGUACGUAUGUAAAAAAGUUCCUAUGUUUUUAAAACUCGUACGCAGUAAAAACAAAAACAAUAGAAACAAUAGAGAAUGUAACUUACAAAAACGAAGCACGCCAACCACAACAACCAUGACGACUUUUAUUUUAAGUACAGAACUUAGCAUUGGUUCGUGAAAGUGUUAGAAAGCGUUUUUAAAGUCAAUUUGAACGUUGGCAAUCAUCUAUAGGAAAAUUAACGAAAAACAUUUUCAAAUUGAUCUCAAUGAAAUAUCAAUGCUCUUCAAAACGUAUUAUGUUCUUAGUAUAAUCAACCGCUAAUCGAAAUCUCGGUAGAUCAUUUAUUGUUCGAAAAUGUUUAAAUUUUUUUGUUAGUUCUUUCGGAACGGACUGUUCGUUUUUCUGCCAACAGUGUGCGGAAAAUUUAUGUUUCGCUUUUUAUAAAAUUUCGAAUGCUAUUCUCGUAUCUUUGUGCCAAUUUACCCAAACAUACAGACAUACAUAUGUACAUAUCUUAAGCUAAAGAAAGCGCUUUGCUUGCGACAAGCUGAAGCAGAAGCGAAUCUUAAACAAUGACUACAUACCUACACACAGUCUUUAACAUGAAUACCCUGCAGGUAAAGCCAUUAGUGGCGGACUAGAAUAUAGACUAUGACCAGUUAGCUUCUCAACUUAACUAGUUCGCGCAGCAAUUUUAUUUUUUAUUUUAAUGCAUUUUUUCGUCACUUUUAAAGGUCAUAUUUUAAAAAGAAGAAUAUUUGAAGAAAAUUUCAUGUAUAACUUUUAUGGUAUUCUUUUUUUCAAAUAAAAUUAAACUCAAUAAUUUAUAAUUUAUUUACAUUUGAGUUGAAAUAAUUCACAUUACAUAACUUACUUGAACUCGCAAUCUCUGAACCGGAAGUGCUAGCCCUCACGCGACGCCCAAGCCGACAUUUAUAGGAACCGCAAUUAAUGUGUUUAGCUUUGGCUUUAUCACUCCAAAGGCAGAUGUUGCUGAUCGCAUAAGAUGUUCGACACUGUCGAACACGUU